CAACCACCGACACCACCAUCCAUAUGCGACUAUCAUGCUCGCAUCGCAGAUACAGCAGGUCAUCGGUACAUCCCGCAGCGACAACGAAAACCUCGAACAGUUAGCGCCGCUCAUCCGCAACGCGUGUAUUCAUAACCAAGAAGACACCCUCCUUGGCGAGAUUGAACAGCUUGCGCGACAGAAGGAAGCAGAGAUUGAAGAAACCUGUAAUGAACACCACAACAUCUUUGUCGCAUCUGUUGAGAAGCUGUUGCGCGUACGGCAAGGCACGUCUGAUCUCAAGGCGCAAGUACUCAGCUUAAAUGAGGAACUGCAGGACUCUGGCAAGGCACUUUUGGAACGUCGAAAAGAGGUUCUCGAGACGCGUAUUGUACGACGAAAUGUUGAUGAAGCUUGCAAAGCGAUAGAAGCAUGUCUCAAGGUACUAAAUGCAACGAAUCGCAUCAAGGAGCUUGUUGAGGGCAAGCGCUUCUACGCUGCUCUUCGCGCCCUGGACGAUCUACAGCGCAACAGACUCAAGGAGGUCAGUGGCUAUCAACUGACUGGUCUCAUCGAGCGCAGCAUACCAACGCUCAAAGCAUCGAUAGAAGAUGCCGUCAUGGCGAAACUACGCGCUUGGAUGCUGGACAUUAGGGAGAAAUCGCGGCUCGUGGGACAGUGUGCCUUGGAAGAAACACUACGUCGGCAACAGCGCUGGCGCGAUCACACGGAGCGGAAUCCAUCUCUCAAGUUUGCUAGGCUACACUCACCCAUCGAGCUGACUCUCAAUGAGCAAGGUGAUUUUGAACCCCUCCACAACGAUACUGUCGAGGUGGAUCUUGUUCCACUGUUUGAGUGCAUGCAUCUCUUUGGAGAGCUCGGUAGCGCAGCAACCUUCAAGCGGCAGUAUUCAGAGGACCGUCAGACACAGAAGGAUCUCUUACUAGCACCAGUCGCGAUGCAUGACAUGAAUGCAGUGCAGAGUCUGCUUCAUGACGUGGCUGGCUUCACCAUUAUUGAGCAUACAAUCAUGGCAAAGACGACACCCUUCAGGACAAAGGAAGAUGUGGAUAUAAUUUGGCAGAGCCUGGUCGCUUCGCUGGUGCAGUCAUUGAAAGCAGCUGAGCAUCUUGACCCAGCUGCUAUCUUGCAGAUGCGAACCACCAUGUUCACCUUCAUACACACACUCGAAGGCUACGACUUGGAUCUCUCGCCUCUCAACGACUUUAUGCUCUCCCUCUUCGAAGGCUACGCUGAUGCCCUCAAACGCAAAUUCAUUGUUGAAUUCGAGACAAUCGCAGAGGAUGACCUCUAUCUUCCUAUGCGGGUGAACAAAGUCUCCGACUACAAACAGAUUGCAGACAUUCUCUUCUUUGCGCCGCCCGUCAGCGUCGACUCUCUCACAUUCCCAACCAUGUUCCCCUUCAGUCAAAUCUACCCACUCGCAUGUAUCGAGCUGCGCAAUUUCAUCGAGGAGUUUCAUGCCUAUGCUGAUGAGCUCACGCGCAGCGAUCAAGUGGAAGAACUGCUCCGAAAAUCACUCGACGACCUGCUAGUCGACUCUGUCAAUCAAAUCCUGCUCUCGAAACUGCCCAAGCAAAGACUCGAGCAGGUCGUUCAGAUGAACAUCAAUCUCGAGUACUUUGAGGGUGCCUGCCUCGAGCUAAACCGCAUUCUAAAUGCAAAUUCCACAAAGCUACAGCUAUCAGCCAGUGAGCAAUUCCGCAUCACGUCGAAGGCUGCUGAGAAGCGCAUCUUUGAGCUCGUCAAUGAAUCAGUGGAUCAGUCCCUUGGCACUGCAGACUAUGACUGGAAUACAUCCUUUGUGCAGCACGAGCCGUCAGACUACGUUCAAGAAACAGUUGCAUUCCUGCGUGCUACAUCAGAUAGCAAGCUUGUUCAUCUGCCACCACAGAUCAAGUCAUUUGUCUACUUUGAUGCACUCGAUCAUCUCGCAAAUGAGCUACUUCAGCUUUUCACAUCGCCCUCGAUUCGCAAGAUGACAGAACCAGCAAUCGAGAACUUCUCCCUCGACAUCCGGCAUCUCGAAGAUUUUGUUGCGUCACUCGACGAUCCAGUGCUCGAGACAGCCGAUCACUUUGGCGAAAUACGGCAGUUGAUUGCGCUUGUGCAAUCGCAGCGGCCGUCUGAAAUGUGCGACCCAGCGACACGCCAGAAAAAGUAUGGUCGUGUUAAAAUCAAUACUGCUAUUCAGCUACUUGAGCGGCUGUUGAGCGCGAUCGGGUAUAUGCCGCUUGACUCUGCGACGCGCGCCCGUCGUCAAGAGAUCGAAACUGCCUUGUCUGGUUUGCGCCGAUGAUGUAGACAUGACGCCUUGUCGCAAUCGAGAUCACGCGGCGCAGCUAUAUAGAGACCCGUGCAGUAUCUUCUUGCUCUGCUUCACCAAGAUGACCCGUCACUCAGGACCCGGAUAUGCUGAAGAUCCAACGCAGUCGGCCUCGGUCGGCGACAACCCAAACAAGAACAGGGAAAUGCACGGCAACUAUGAGCCUACGAAACAUGGUGGCUUGAAGAUGGAUGGUACCCCCGACAAGCGUGUCCUCGAGCGGCACAUGAGCAAGGAAGCCAAGGAGAAGCUGCAUGAAGGCGAGGGUGGAUCCUACGAGACGCGUGGCGAAUAGUCAAGUCAAGUAUAUGUUCAUGCAAGUACACGAAUCAAUUACCUCGUUUUCUACUAUCUGAGGCUACUCAG